AUGCCUACCACCUCCACCACCUCUGCCCAGUCAGGCAACCGUGUCAAGAUUCCUCCCGCCACCUCCCCUCGCUCUGCCACCCAGGUCAAGACCGUCUUCAAGGGCUGCGGCACGGACCAGUUUACCAUCGUUCUUGUUGGAGAGUGCAGCAAGCUCCAGACGCAAGCCGGGGCCCUCGGCGCAACCAUCGGCGAUGUCGCCCAAAAGCCCGGGUUGAUCGUCCUCGACCAGGUGCCCGGGCUGCACACCGUCGACGGCUCGCCCCUCCCAGACCCCCGUCUUGCGGCCAACCAAAUCAACCCCGUCCCCAUCGACGACUACCUGAUCGACCUGCCGCCUCACCACAGCGAGGUCAAGAACAGGAGCAAGAAGGGCAAGCACAGCAAGAAGCCCGAGACUGUCAAGUACACAUAG